AUGGUUGUUAAAGUUUUGAGACAAACUUCUAUCGCAAGAAAUGGUGUUGGCGCUUUUGUGCUUCCAUGUAAAAAGAUCACUUUGCAAUACUGUAAUUGGGGUGGUUCCUCACAGGGUUUGAGAGAUUUCCUAACGUCUAACAGAAUGAUUCAAUGGGCUGAAAAAUAUCCAACAAUACAGUUCGAAAUAGUAAGAAAGUCUGGCCAUCCAGUUAUAAAAGGUGACUAUGUUAAUGGCCGUAAUAAAGCCAUCUGCGUAAAAAAUCUGAACAUUGAUAAUGUAGAGAAUAAGUUAAAACUAAUCAGAGACGCAUCUGGUGAGCAACUCCGUCACAGAACUAAGAACGACAAUGUGGAUACUUUGAACGAUAGUGUGAGAGGUAUCUGGUCUCCACUACAUUUAAGCCCAGCCAUCAGACACAAGGUUUGA